GCCCCACGCGCACCAGUACGACACCCGCCUCGGCACCUGUAGCUCCAGACCGCUUCGCUCCGGUCCAAGUGGAGUUCCUUCUCCCUCGACCUGAAGCGCGGUGCGGUGCGGCGCGCGAUGUCAGUGUGGUGAACUUUUUUCUUUCUUUUUGUAAUUGUUGUCGUCCGGUUCCGAGGAGGAUCUGUUGCUGGACUUCUUUCAAGGCUUCUGCUUAUAACUUGUUGAGAAAGGUAUACAAAUGCUCUCCGUCCAGCCGGACACCAAGCCAAAAGGCUGUGCCGGCUGCAACCGGAAGAUCAAGGACCGCUACCUGCUGAAGGCCCUCGAUAAGUACUGGCACGAGGACUGCCUCAAGUGCGCCUGCUGCGACUGCCGGCUGGGCGAGGUGGGCUCCACGCUCUACACCAAGGCCAACCUCAUCCUGUGCCAGAGAGACUACCUACGGUUGUUUGGCGUCACGGGGAACUGUGCGGCCUGCAACAAGCUCAUCCCGGCCUUCGAGAUGGUCAUGAGGGCCAAAGAGAACGUCUACCACCUGGACUGCUUCGCGUGCCAGCUCUGCAAUCAGAGAUUCAUCACUCUAACCGGUGGCCGGGAAGACACAACCUGGGCCUCGGGGACACCUGCUGGACCUGGAGCAGUGAUUACAAUCCUACACUACUGCUGUGCGCUGUACGUCUGGAGCGACAAGUGCACUUACAUGUCCAUACAUAUGCUCCACAUCAGUCUUCAUUAACGGGCCUCCUCCUGCAGCCUGGAGACGGGAUGUGGCCAGAGACACGGCAGCAGAGGAGAGGGAGCUGGAUGGAGGCAUUGAACUCAGUGAAAAAACCUUGUUUAAUCAAAGCUAGAGUCACACUUACUGAUCCUCACUGGUACCCAAUGGGUUUAUUAUGUACAUUGUGACAAUGUAUUCCUGUCCAAUACAACAGCCCUAAAAUAUGUCCCAUCUCCGCGACGUCGAUCAUAUUCCGUAUCUGAGUUCAUAGCUAUUG